UUGUUCUUUUCCUUGGCCACCGCUGCUGGUGCUGAUUUCUUGGUUGUUGUUGUGCUGCUGCUGCCUCUACAAGAACUGAUUUCGCGAUGGCUUAUCAUGGAUAAAUCAGUCAACCCACUGGUAAUGCUUAGACAAGACGUACGCGUGUUGCAAAAAAUAUAAAAAUGUCAAAAAAGAAAGUUUGCAAUUAAAGUUGUAUAAGUAAUUUGCAGUUGAAAUUAAAAAGUGACGAAGUUUCAGCACAAUCUUGAUCAAACUUGAUAAAGAUUCAGCAAUGAUUGGCGAAAAAAUGUAUUUGCACUUCGUUGUGUGGCAUUAAGAAAUUGGAAAUAAAGACAUUAAGUGUUUUUGUAAAGAUGCGACUGAAAAAAGAUACCACCAUAGUGCUAGCAGUCAUGAUGAUUCUGUCCUGGAGUCCAGGGGCCGAAUUAAAAAGCCCUGACAACGCACAUGCCCAGGAUACAGUUUCCGUUUCUCUGCCCGGCGACAUAAUUCUUGGUGGGUUGUUUCCCGUCCAUGAAAAAGGUGAGGGUGCUCCAUGCGGCCCAAAAGUAUACAAUAGAGGAGUUCAACGCCUGGAGGCAAUGCUCUAUGCCAUAGAUCGCGUAAACAACGAUUCCAGUAUACUUCCUGGAAUAACGAUAGGGGUUCAUAUACUCGACACCUGUUCCAGGGACACAUAUGCUCUCAACCAGUCGCUGCAGUUCGUAAGAGCAUCUCUUAACAACUUAGACACGUCAGUGUUCGAGUGCUCAGAUGCGUCCAGCCCUCAACUAAGGAAGAAUGCUUCAUCAGGACCUGUUUUCGGAGUUAUUGGUGGAUCCUACAGUUCAGUGUCCUUGCAAGUGGCCAAUUUGCUUCGACUAUUUCAUAUUCCUCAAAUAUCGCCGGCGUCAACCGCGAAAACGCUGUCGGACAAAUCGCGCUUUGAUCUCUUUGCCAGAACGGUACCUCCAGACACCUUUCAAUCCGUAGCCCUCGUAGACAUACUAAAAAAUUUUAACUGGUCCUAUGUAUCGACAAUACACUCGGAAGGAUCUUAUGGUGAAUACGGAAUUGAAGCUUUUCACAAGGAAGCCACCGAACGUCACGUGUGCAUAGCGGUCGCCGAGAAAGUGCCCAGUGCCGCAGACGACAAAGUCUUCGACUCCAUUAUUGGCAAGCUUCAGAAGAAGCCCAACGCCCGCGGGGUCGUGCUGUUUACGAGAGCCGAAGAUGCGCGGCGGAUUUUGCAGGCGGCUAAACGCGCCAAUUUAUCGCAGCCGUUUCAUUGGAUAGCCAGUGACGGCUGGGGCAAGCAACAGAAGCUACUUGAGGGGUUGGAGGAUAUUGCCGAGGGCGCAAUUACCGUAGAGCUCCAGUCGGAGAUAAUUGAAGACUUUGAUCGCUAUAUGAUGCAGCUGACGCCAAGCACAAAUCAAAGGAAUCCCUGGUUUGCUGAGUACUGGGAGGACACGUUCAACUGCGUUCUCGCACCCACUUCAGAUCAACCGAAUUCAGUUGAUUCAAAUGACACAAAAGAUGGCACUAAGGCUAAGACUACAUGUGACGAUAGUUUUCGGUUAUCUGAGAAAGUUGGUUAUGAGCAAGAGUCAAAGACUCAAUUCGUUGUGGAUGCUGUGUACGCAUUUGCGUAUGCACUUCAUAAUUUGCAUAAUGAUCGUUGUAACACGCAAAGCGACCAAACCUCUGAACAACGAAAGCACCAACACAGCGAGUCUGUGUGGUAUCGAAAGGUAUCGACAGAUUCUAAGUCUCAAGCGUGCUCCGACAUGGCAAAUUACGACGGAAAGGAUUUUUACAACAACUACCUGUUAAACGUUUCUUUCAUAGAUCUUGCUGGGAGCGAAGUGAAAUUUGAUCGUCAAGGCGAUGGAUUGGCCAGAUAUGAUAUUUUGAACUACCAACGUCUUGAAAACUCUUCGGGAUAUCAGUAUAAAGUUGUUGGCAAAUGGUUUAAUGGCUUGCAGCUAAAUUCAGAAACUGUUGUGUGGAAUAAGGUAGCUGAGCAACCCACUUCGGCCUGUUCACUUCCAUGUGAGGUUGGAAUGAUAAAAAAGCAACAGGGCGACACCUGUUGCUGGAUAUGCGACAGCUGCGAGUCCUUUGAAUACGUAUAUGAUGAGUUCACCUGUAGAGACUGCGGCCCAGGACUGUGGCCCUAUAGUGACAAGCUUUCCUGCUAUGCGCUAGACAUCCAGUACAUGCGAUGGAACUCGUUGUUUGCCCUCAUUCCAAUGGUCAUAGCCAUAUUCGGCAUUACAGUGACAAUUUUAGUUAUAGUCCUUUUUGCAAAGAAUCACGAUACUCCACUGGUAAGGGCAUCAGGACGAGAGCUAAGCUAUACCCUCCUCUUUGGGAUACUGGUCUGCUACUGUAAUACUUUUGCUCUGAUAGCCAAACCCACAAUUGGGUCCUGUGUGCUACAGAGGUUUGGCAUUGGGGUUGGGUUCUCCAUUAUAUAUAGUGCUCUGCUUACGAAAACCAAUCGAAUAUCACGAAUUUUUCACUCUGCAUCAAAGUCAGCCCAGCGCCUUAAGUAUAUUAGUCCACAAUCACAGGUGGUGAUAACAGCGUCUCUGAUUGCUAUACAAGUGCUUAUCACAAUGAUUUGGAUGGUAGUUGAACCCCCUGGAACACGCUUCUAUUACCCAGAUCGAACGGAAGUGAUCUUAAAGUGCAAAAUUCAGGACAUGUCCUUCCUCUUCUCCCAGCUGUACAACAUGAUUCUUAUCACGAUUUGCACAGUUUAUGCAAUUAAAACCAGGAAAAUUCCCGAAAACUUUAACGAGUCAAAGUUUAUUGGAUUUACCAUGUACACCACAUGUAUUAUCUGGCUAGCCUUUGUACCCAUAUACUUUGGAACUGGAAAUUCAUAUGAGGUACAAACUACCACGUUGUGCAUUUCAAUAAGCCUAAGUGCGUCCGUUGCUCUGGUAUGCCUAUAUUCACCCAAGGUAUAUAUCCUCGUCUUUCACCCGGACAAGAACGUCCGCAAGUUGACCAUGAACAGCACCGUCUACAGGCGUUCAGCGGCCGCUGGUGCCCAGGGUGUCCCAACCAGUUCUGGAUACAGUCGCACGCAGGCAGGCACCACUGUACCGACAGGAGGGGCGGCAGGUGCCACAGCAUCGUCAAGUGUCCUUCCUACACAGAACAGCCCCAACGUGGAUGAAGUCGCAGGUCAAAAGGCCGCUGUGAACAAAAGCAGUGAAUACAGUAAUGGCGAGUUUCUGGCUGAAGAAUGCGAAUGUGUGGAACCAAUCUGCAACCAAGAAAAAAAUUAAGCAAUCCGCUUUAGCAGAUAUGGACCAACGGAGUCAGGCACAUUCAAAGCGUUGCAGUGGAUUUAGGCUUUUAGACUCAGGACAGACAAGCCCCAAAAUUCAUACUCGCUUCUGCUCUCGAAACUCAAAAUUGGAAUAGCGCAAAUAGCUUUAAAAUGUAAGUUUAGAAAAUGUCUUUACGUUAAAUUAUUAAAAUGUUUAUGUCACUCAAUCAAACCCAGAUGUUAUUUGUUAUUAAGAGUUACUAAUUAAGCCAUUAUAAUCUCGUGUUUGUACAUACACAUUUUCCUUACUACAUGUUAAUCAUAGAUAGAUAAGGUCACCUUUGUAAUAACAAUUAGAUUCGAUUGUCGUGUACACGUUAUUUCUCGACGUUAAACAGUAAAACAAAAAGUAAUUAAGUUAUCAUAAUUUAAAAAAAAUGUUGACCUAAUUUAGAAAAUUUAAUUUUUUAAUUAUUUUUGUUCAAUUAUUUUACAAGAAUGUAGAAGUUUACAGAACACAGCGCAUUGCAAUUCAGGCGUUUGAAGUGUUUUUAAUAUUUAGCUGAUAAUUCGUUAUGAAAAUGUACUUUAACGUGUAAUCCUAAACAGUAUCUAAGUGCAAAUGAUUUGUAUUUACAUUAUGAACAAUAUUUAGUCGAAACAAACAAAUUUAAAAGCUAAGUUAUCAAUACAAAAUUUAAACAAUAAAAUAGUAUAAUUAUCGUAGUA